AUGGGCCUGGCGGAAGGGGACAGUGUCGAAGCGGAGCACACCUCGGCCGAGGACGCUGUGAGGGCGACGCCCGGCGGCGGGCCGGGCAGCCUGACGGUCAUCGACAACCGCACGGGGCGGCGCUACGAAAUCGCCGUCAGCGACCACGGCACCAUCAAGGCCACAGACCUGAAGCAGAUCACGGCGGGCGGCGACGGCGUGGGGCUGCGCACAUACGACAACGGCUACGUCAACACCUCGGCCUGCAAGAGCCGGGUGUCGUACAUCGACGGCGACCGAGGCAUCCUGCGGUACCGCGGAUACCCCAUUGAGCAGCUGGCGGAGCGCUCCAACUUCCUCGAGGCGCGCGCAGGGGGCGGGGAGGGAGGGAGGGAGGUCUCCUACCUGGUGGUGUAUGGCAGCCUGCCCACCCCCGACCAGCACCAGCGCUGGUCAGAGGCGGUGAUGCGGCACUCGGCGCUGCCUGUGGCGGUGGAGCAGACGAUUGCGGCGCUGCCUCACGACGCGCACCCCAUGGGCACCAUCCUCACCGGCCUCUGCGCCCUGUCCACCCUGCACCCCGAGCAGGGCGGCGACCCGCUGAUCGACGUGGCGCUGGCGCUGGAGGCGGCCGCACGCUCCGACGAAUACUUUUGCCUGGUGUACCGCGCCAUGGGCUUCCCCCCCCAGUUCUUCACCGUGCUCUUUGCCAUCCCGCGCAUCGCCGGCUACCUGGCGCACUGGCGCGAGACGCUGGCGGACCCAGACACCAAGAUUGUGCGGCCGCAGCAGGACUACAGGGGCGAGUGGCUACGCGGCUACCAGACCAUGGCGGAGCGGCCGCACAAGCUGCCGCCAGGCACAGACGAGCUGGGGCCGGUGCCGCCUUCCAACGCCUAUGUUCGCCGUGUCAGCGGCACACACUGGUAG